CCAUCUCUUGCGAACUGCUGCUAUUGCUUUCUCCAACCUUGGCCGAGUCCUGGUAACGCUCACUUGCCACCAAUUACCACCAACUACCAACCACCAACUGUCAACCACCGUUUCCCUCUCUCUCCCCAGCUCCCGAGACUGAUCAUCCAUGAGCGAAAGUGUCUUUGAUCAAUUAUCCCUCCCGUCCACUGCCAACCCAAAGCUCGACCCUGUUCAAGACCCCAAAUCCCUCUCCUCGCAGUCGACAUCGGCGUCAGCGUCGUCGUCCCCCGCCCUCCUCUCCCACCAGCAAUCGGCUCUGCAAAAGUCACGAUCCGUCGCCUCCUUCCAAACGACUCCCCCGACACUUGCGAAUGGUCUGGCCGCCAUGGCCAACUCCAACAUGAAACCAUCCUCGGCUGCUCUCCAGAAUGCAGCAUCCAACAGCGGCGGCAAUGCCACAUCGUCGCCCCAAGUCAAGGCAUCGACUCUGAAAGGCCGACCCCAAUCCAAAGUGACUCCAACUCGAUCAAACGGCGUCAGUGUAUCCUCUGCGAUCGCAUCCAGCGCUCCCACGCCUGUUGCUGCAGGGAAUGCUACCUCGACAGCGACAGCGACAUCCAACGCAGCACAUGCAGGCUCGUUGACGUCGGUCUCGCCUCUGAAUGCCGCCCUGCGUGCCAACGGGGUUGCUGGCCAGUCCGUCGCUGGCGACGUCUCCGUCAAUUCUGCCGCGAACCCCGUCGGCAACGUCCAGAUCAACCAGUUCGGCAUGUCCCUGCCCAACAGUACAACAGCGUCGGGACUCGCGCAGCUGCGAGGCGUUGCCUCGUAUCCGAUCGGGUCGCAGCCUGCAGCUCGGGUUAUCAACGCCAUGUCGCCCAACGUCGGUGCUGCGGGGCUCACCAUGGCGAGACCACCGGCUGCUCAAAAGAGCCUCUCGGGGCUCAUGAAUCCUGCCUUGGCCGGAGUGUCGGCGCAAUCGUACAACAUGCACACACUGCAAAACCUGCAGCAGGAGCUUCAGAACAUCAACCGCACGCUGAGCACAACGACCGAUCUGAACGAAGCGAGAGAGCUCAAGCUCAAGAAAGCUCAGAUCGAGAGUUGUUUCCAGGCAUCACCGGCACAGGCUCAAGUCAAUGCUGCCCAGAUCCAGGCCCAGGCAUCGUUUGCAGAUCCAUGAUCACUCGCAAGUCCAUGUACAUCAAGAAGCGAUGCCCAUGAGCGAUGCAAUAAUCACAGAGCCAUGGUCGCAAUAGCAGAUCAGGUUUCCAAUGCGCCUGGGGGACCGCCGCAGUGAUCUCACAGUCGAUCUAC